AUGUAUGUUGACGGAAGUAAAUGUUCAGAGAGUAAAAUCAAAGUAGGAGUCGGUGUAGAAAUUCGCCGUGAUGGGUCUGCUGUUAUUGGACAAGAACAAGACAAAAUUGGUGGUGGUUUCGAUUCAAAACAAGCUUGGCAUGGGGAACUAAGUGAUCUGCAACUCUGGAGUGAGCCACUAUGUUCAACUCAGAUAUAUAGGCUUUUUCGUCGUGAUUCUAACCAAGUUGGUUCCGUUAUUAGUUGGAUGCAGAGUUCAAUCGUAGCAAAUGGGGUUGUUUUCUCGGGAAGUAAUGAAUGUAAUGACUUAAAAGAAGUGUAA